GGGGCUGGUGGCAGCGGCGGGUGAACUCGCGAUAAAAAAAAAUUAAGAAAAAAGAAUGAUCGGAGAUUGGUAUUUCAUCCGACUAAUAAGUUACUGCUCAAAGUGCAUUUUACAACCGCAUACACUUCCACCUUCGUUCUCUACUUGAUAAUUGAAUUAAUAAUAAAACAACUAAGAUGAAACUGGUUUCGAGAAAACAAGACAGAACUCCAUGAUGAAGCGUAUGCCCCUUUGGGAAUGAAACCGUGUCAAAAAUCUUUAUCAAAACUUCAAAAGUAUGGUAAUAGAACUCAACUUUGAACAAUGGGGAGAGGUCUUGCGUUUGCUUGAAAUCAUUGAAAUUAAAUGUAAUGAAAAGUGAUCAGAGUGCUUAUUUUUACUUUGUUUUGUGGGAAAUUGUGCUGGGAAUGUGGAUCUAUUGUGCACAAAGGAUGUUGGCUUUAUGCUGGAACCACCAGGCAGGUUGAGUUGAGAAACAAUUAGCUCAGUCAGCAAGCCUUUGAAUCUGAUUAAGCCAGGAAGUGGGCACUCCCCACGACAGGGCAGAAUGAAGGGAAUGGAGGCCGAAAUCCAAAACAAGGAAUGACUUCUCCCUCUCCCUCCCUCUCUCUCUCUCUCUCUUUCUCUUUCUCUCAGGAAACUAGUAUUAGAAUUAAUUGUAUCAAAUUUAUGUCAAGGAUUACUUCAUUACAAUUCACUAUCUUUGGUGAAACAAAUGCAAGCUUGUUUCCAAGUAGAUCAACAGUCCAGAUGCGUCAUGGCUACUGUCUCCAAGAAACUUCUGUUUACUGAGGCCUGACAUACCCUCAUGUUUUGGUAACAAAAUAUCUUUGAGAUCCAGGACUCAAGUCACAGAGGAAGAUGCAGAGCCUAUCCCAGGCUGCUGGCCGAAUUCUCAUUUCUCUGGGGACUCUCAGUGUAUUCUCUGGAGUUAUCGCUUUCUUCCCUGUCUUUUCUUACAAGCUUUGGUUCACAGGAUGGAAUGUCUGGAUUGCUUGCCCCAUCUGGAAUGGAGCUUUGGCCAUCAUGACCGGUAUACUUCUGCUGGUGGCUCACAAAGAGUGGACCAAGAGAUACCUGUGGGAAGCUAGUUUCACCUUUGUGAUUCUAAGCAUUAUGGGAUGUCCACUUCAUUUUGCGAUAGCCUUGGAAUCUGCUCUCCUUGGUCCAUAUUGCUUCUACUCGUUUUCAGGGAUUGCAGGGACCGGUUACCUCGGUUAUGCAGUUGCCUUCCCUUUUCCAUAUGCAAAAUUCCCAUCAGCUUGUGUGGACCCACCACACUAUGAAGCGUACCACCUGACGCUUCAAGCCUUCGACCUGUGCCUGAGCUUCGCCAUGUUGUGUGUGUCCCUGACAGUGUGCAUCAAGCUUUCUGCAGGACUUAUCUGGAAUAGACACAUACAUGGUCAAAAGAACGGACAAUAAAUUUGAAGCAGUGUUCCUCUUAAAUUUGUUAUAUUUGUGGCCAUUAUUUUGAAAUACAAAAUAAUUUUCAUCUUCAGUUUUUUCUGUGUUCUUAUGAAAUAAAAGUUGAGAUAAUUGUA